UGCUCUGCAUUAUCACUGUCUAACUCGUAGCCAUCCGAGGGCGCGCAUUCGAGCCCUGGUUGCGCACGACCGCACUGACCAUAUCUGGCCCAGCGUUUUUGACUUCCACGUACCCCACUAAAAAAAGAAAAAUGUGCCAGUGCGACUCAUCCGCCUCCAAAGCGAAGGCUCAGGGCUCCCUGGCCGAAGUGGGCAAGCUUUUCGUCAAACACACCACUCUGCACGGCCUGAGGCACGUCUUCGGCGGUGGCUCGUACCCGCGCCGGGUGGCCUGGCUGCUGGCGUUCCUGGCGGCCGUCGCUCUGCUGCUCGCCUGGUCGUCCAACCGCGUGCGCUACCUCCUCUCGUCGCCCGUGUACACCAAGGCGCACAUGGUGUACGCAAAGCGGCUCGUUUUCCCCGCCGUCACCAUCUGCAAUCAGAACCUGCUCCUGCCCAGGCGCAUGAAGAAAACGGACAUCUUCAGCGCCGGGAGGUGGCUGGGACUCCUGGGGAGGAAUUGGCAGGUGUCCCCCGAGGCCAAGGAAGCUUUGGCUGCACCAUCGCAGCGUACCGAGCCGCCCUGGUCGCCACUCUCUCGCAUUCUGGACUUCAACCACUUUCUACCUCCGCCUCGGGAGUCGCAGCCGUCCAUGAGGCAGCUGCUGGACCGGCUGGGACACCAGCUGGAGGAGAUGCUCUUGUACUGUCGCUACCAGGGAGAGAUGUGCGGCCCGCGCAAUUUUAGCACAAUCUUCACACGAUAUGGAAAGUGCUACACCUUUAACUCGGGCCAGGACGGGCGGCCUCUGCUGUUGACCAUGAAGGGCGGCAUGGGUAACGGCCUGGAGCUGAUGCUGGACAUCCAGCAGGACGAAUACUUGCCCGUGUGGGGAGAGACGGAUGAGACAUCGUUUGAAGCGGGCAUCAAGGUUCAGAUCCACACGCAGGAGGAGCCGCCGUUCAUUGAUCAACUGGGAUUCGGGGUAGCACCGGGGUUCCAGACCUUUGUCUCCUGUCAGGAACAACGGCUGACCUAUCUGCCGCCUCCGUGGGGCGACUGCAAGGCCACUCCAAUGGACUCUGACUUCUUCAGCACGUACAGCAUCACGGCCUGUCGCAUCGACUGCGAGACGCGUUACCUGGUGGAGAACUGUAACUGCAGGAUGGUCCACAUGCCUGGAGAUGCCCCCUACUGCACCCCUGAGCAGUAUAAGGAAUGUGCAGAUCCAGCCUUGGAUUUCCUCGUGGAGAGGGACAAUGACUACUGCGUUUGUGAGACUCCAUGCAACUUGACGCGUUAUGGUAAGGAGAUGUCUUUCGUCAAGAUCCCCAGCAAAGCUUCUGCCAAGUAUCUCGCCAAGAAGUUCAACAAGACGGAGCAGUACAUAGCAGAUAACCUUCUAGUCCUGGAUAUCUUUUUUGAAGCCCUAAACUACGAGACCAUCGAACAAAAGAAGGCCUAUGAACUGGCAGGCCUCUUGGGUGACAUCGGUGGUCAGAUGGGCCUCUUCAUCGGAGCCAGCAUCCUUACUGUCCUUGAACUCUUUGACUACCUCUACGAGGUCAUCAAGUACAAGCUGUGCCGAUGCGUGAAGAAGAAACACAAGGGGCGCAACAACAAUGAUCGGGGCACUGUGCUGAGUCUGGAUGAUGUGAAGCACCAUGUCAGUAAACCAGAGGCUCCGUGCGACAACCUGCGUACGCCGUCCACGUACCCGGGUAACAUGCUACCUCAUCACCCGGCCCAGGGAAACUUCGAGGACUUCACCUGCUGAGCUGAACGGAUCCUUCCCCGAGUCAGCCCAAGGAUGCAUGUUAGCAGACAUCAUAUCAGUCGUUAUAUUUCAUGUCUGCUGAUCGCUUGGCGUGGACGACACACUUUGGCCUCUACAUUUUCCACUCUUGAUUUGUCAUAAGUUCAUCUGUAGCAGAAAUCCAAAGUCUCCAUACCGCUGUUCAAAUGUUACGUUUUUUAAUAUAUAUUUUAAAAAAUAUAAAACAUUUAAAAAUUCUGUACCAUGAAUGUAACUUGUUUGACAAGAGUAAAAAAAUAUUCUUUGGGAGAGGAAUUAAAAAUAAGUGGGGAUGUGGCUGUGUUCACAUGAGCCAAUCACGCCAUGAAAACUGUUAAAUGAGAGAUGGCAGACACCUGAUAAUAUGCCUCCGAUUGACCCCGGAUGAAUUUCAGCUGUUCGGGUAAACUUUUCC